AUGAACAAAGACAAGGAAAAAGAAAUUAUUGAACGAUUUACCGAGAAUCUCAAUAAAAAGGAAAAAGUUAAUGAAUUAGCAGUAAUUGGACGAGAGGGGGAAAUUAAACAGUUAAUUUAUAUUUUGUCACGAAUGAUGAAAAAUAAUCCGUUGCUGAUUGGUUAUCCAGGUGUAGGAAAAACUGCCAUAGUUGAAGGAUUAGUUCAAAGAAUUAAGCAGGAGCAAGUACCUGAUUAUUUGAAAGGAAAAACUGUCUAUCAACUUGAUAUGAUGUCCUUAAUGGCCGGAACCAAAUUUCAAGGCGAGUUGGAAGAAAGAUUAAAAGUCAUCUUUAAUUUUAUGGCUCGACCGGAAAAUAACGCUAUCCUUUUUAUUGAUGAAAUUCAUUUGAUUGUCGGGGCUGGUCGCAGCCAAGGAGCACUCGAUAUUGCUAAUCUCCUAAAACCGAUGCUUUCCCGGGGCGAAAUUCAAUGUAUUGGUGCAACCACUCAGGAAGAGUAUCGACAAUACAUUGAAAAAGAUGAGGCACUAGUACGACGUUUCAACACUAUUUCUGUUCAUGAACCAAGCCCAAAAGACACGUUAAGGAUUUUGCAGGGCAUUCGUAAUUACUUUGAGAUUUAUUACGAACUGAAAAUCUAUGAUGAGUCAUUAAUAGCGUCAGUUCGUUUUUCCCAACGAUAUUUAACAACAACUUAUUUACCAGACAAAGCCAUUGAUUUGCUGGAUGAAACUUGUGGGCGAUUAGAAAUAAAUAUGGCAGCACUUCGCGAAGAGGAAAAGGAUGAAAUAAAGGAAUUUUCCCUCCAACAAGAAAUAAAAAAACAGAGAAAAAAAUUAGAAGAAUUAUUGGAAUUAGAUAGAAAAGAAAAUAAAAUUAUUCAGGAAUUAAAUCAGGCCAAGCGAGAAUUGGCCCAGGUCGAAAAGGAACUAGUUAUUUAUGAGGAAAAAGAAAUUGAUUUCACCAAGGCAGCCGAGCGAAGAUAUUCCACCCUGCCUUCCCUUAAAGAAAAGGUCAAGCGAUUAGAAACAGAAGCGAGCAACAAUGUAUUAAGAAAAUAUUUCAUUAACCAGGAAGACAUUGCUUUAACAAUUGCUCGAAAAUACGAUUUGCCAGUAGGAAAAAUUGUUGCUGACGAACAACAAAAAUUACAUUUUCUCCCAGUUAUUCUUCAAGAGCGAGUAAAAGGACAAAACCAAGCUUUGCGCUCAGUUGCUGAUGCCAUUUUUCGAGCGAGAGCCGGAGUUCAAGAUCCUAAUCGUCCUUCGGCUUCUUUUUUGUUUGUUGGACCAACUGGCGUCGGAAAAACUGCAGUAGCUUUGACGAUUGCCGAACAACUUUUUGACCAAAAAAAAAAUUUCAUUCGUUUAGACAUGACUGAGUUUUCUGAACCACACUCCAUUAGCAAACUGAUUGGUUCUCCGCCUGGUUAUAUUGGAUUUGAAGAACAGCCAAGACUAGAAGUUAUUCGCAAAAAAAUGAACAGUGUGGUACUUUUUGAUGAAAUAGAAAAAGCUCAUCCCGAAGUUAUCAAUAUUCUUUUACAAAUAUUAGACAAUGGUUUCCUUACUCUAGCUAAUGGGCGAGAAGUAAAUUUUCGCAAUACUAUUAUCAUUUUGACCUCUAAUUUGGGUUCUGAAUUAUACUUUGAGGGCAAGGAAAAAAACGAAUUAAAAGAAGAAGUGGAGUUUGAGUUAAAAAAUCAUUUCCGUCCCGAGUUCCUCAAUCGUUUAGACGAAAUAGUUUUCUUUAAUUCUUUAACAAAGGAAAUUAUUAGAGAAAUCAUUGUCAAAGAAUUAGAACUAUUUAUUCGGCGCAUCCAGCAAGAGAAAAAUAUUAAAAUAGGGUAUGGUGAAGAAAUAGUGGAAAAAAUUCUGCAAGAGGCUUAUUCUUUGGAGUAUGGUGCUCGUCCAAUUAAGCAUUAUAUCGAGAGGAAAAUUGGCACCUUGGUAGCGCGAGGAAUUAUUUCUCAGCUUCUCCACCUUGAAUUAGAAGAUUUAAAAGAAAAAAAUCUUCGUUUGUUAGCUGAGUUAAAAAAUCAGGAAAAAAACCACCGAGUAGCAAUAACUGAAGCGAUAAAAUAUGGUAAUGAAAGAUUGAUACAGCAAUUUCUUUUCUUUCCCGAUAAUUACGAGCGAGCUCUGCAAGUUGUACAACAAAUCGAACAGGAGCCAAACCAAGACCCCAAACUUCUGCAAAAAAAAAUCAAGGAUUUGCUGGAAGGAAUAGAAGAAAUCAAAGUUAUUCCUCUCCAAGAAACUUUUAAUCCCGAUUUGCAUACUGCUUUGGAGGUAGAAGAAAAUAAUGAUUAUCCGGAAGGAACUAUUUUACAAAAUUUACAAAAAGGUUAUAAGAUUCAUCAAAAGGUAAGUAAUAAAAUAGUAGGUAUUGACCUCGGAACAACUAAUUCUUGUGCAGCAAUUAAUGGCAAAGUUAUUGCUAAUAAGGAAGGUAAAAAUACUACUCCUUCGGUAGUGUUUUUCGAUGAAAAAGGGGAAAAAGUAUUGGCAGUCGGACAAGCAGCUAAAAAACAAGCAAUUGUCAAACCAAAACAAGUGGUUUUUGAGGCGAAACGGCUGAUUGGUCGGAAAUUUAAUUCGCCCGAAGUUCAAGAAUUUCGCAAAAUUGCUCCCUUUGAAAUUAUCUCGGGAAAAAAUGGCGACGCUUAUAUUAAAGUAGGCGAAAAAGAAUAUCCACCUCAACAGAUUUCGGCUUUUGUACUCCAAGCCAUGAAAGAAAUAGUUGAAGAUCAUUUAGGAGAAAGUAUUAAGAAAGCAGUAAUUACCGUUCCUGCUUACUUCAAUGACGCUCAACGACACGCGACCGAAGAUGCUGGAAAAAUUGCUGGCUUGCAAGUAGAAAGAAUUAUUAAUGAACCAACCGCGGCCGCUUUGGCUUACGGAAUUGAUAAACAAAAACAACUACACACUAUUGCUGUUUUUGACUUGGGUGGUGGAACUUUUGACAUUUCUAUUAUUGAAAUUGACGGAGAAGUCUUUAAAGUCAAGGCAACUAAUGGUGAUACUUUUUUAGGAGUUGAAGAAUUUAAGAAAGACGAAGGAAUUGAUCUGCGAAAAGAUAAAAUGGCUUUGCAACGUUUGAAAGAAGCAGCCGAAAACGCUAAGCAUGAGCUAUCUUCUUUAGAAACUACUGAAAUUUCUCUUCCUUUUGUCUCAGCAGAUGCUUCUGGUCCUAAACAUAUUAAUAAAAAAUUAACACGGCAGAAAUUUGAAGAACUAACUGCCGAACUUUUGGAAAAAUUAGCCUCACCAUGCGAGAAAUGUAUUAAAGAUGCCGAAGUCGCCAAAAAAGACAUCAACGAAGUUAUUUUGGUGGGUGGAAUGACCCGCAUGCCGAGCGUCCAGAAAAAAGUAGCCAAAAUUUUUGGUAAAGAGCCAAAUAAAACAGUCAAUCCCGAUGAAGCAGUGGCCUUAGGAGCUGCUAUUCAAGGCGGAGUAUUAUCCGGAGAUACUAAAGAUAUUCUCUUGUUAGAUGUUACUCCACUUUCAUUAGGUAUUGAAGUACAAGGUGGUAAUAAUGACGUAAUUAUUCCUCGUAAUACUACUAUUCCGACUAAGGCAACACGUGUUUAUUCAACGGCGGAAGAUAAUCAACCUAGUGUUCACGUGCGAGUUCUUCAAGGAGAACGACCAAAAGCUUUGGACAAUAAAGUGUUAGGGACUUUUGAAUUAAGUGGUAUUGAACCAGCUCCCCGCGGUGUUCCCCAAAUUGAAGUUACUUUUGAUAUUGAUGCUAAUGGUUUAGUUAGCGUCUCGGCCAAAGACAAGAAAACUAAUAAAGAGCAAUCAAUCACUAUUAAGGAUGGUAGUGGACUAAGUAAGGAAGAAAUCGAAAGAAUGAUUAGAGAAGCAGAAGAAAAUAAAGAAAAAGAUGAAGAAUACAAAGCCAAUUCUGAAUUACUCAAUCGUGCUCAAACUUAUUGCCACACUUUUGAAAAGCAAAUUGCUGAAUUUAGAAAACAUAAGGAUUUCAAUGAAAAUGACGAGGGAUUCAAAAAAUUUGAAGAAAUGUACAAAGGGUUGAAAGAAUUUGCUGAGAAAAAAGAUUACCCAGCCAUUAAAACUCAAUUAAAUAAAGUUGAAGAAAUGAUGAAAUUGGCUAAUGAAUUAGCCGAAAAAAUGCCAGCAGAAAAAGGUGAAAAAAAAGAUAAUGGUGAAGAAGAGGUAAUGGAUGUCCAACCAGAAAAAAAAGACGACGACAAAAAAUAA